GUGAAAUCGAAAUUGUGGCGUUUCACUUCAGCGUUAUCAAAACGAAUUAACCAGUUUACGUUAUCUUGGUGCGAGCUACUCAGUGAGUAAGGAAGGUCGGUUUUAUUUCGAUUUUCCGUAGAGACGUUACAAAAAAAAAACAAGAGCGAAACUUCGAAAAUAGACAUAAAGCUUUCUAUAACUUCGUCUGGCGUCGGUAAAAAAAUUGCAGUUUGAUCACCACAAACUGACAAAGCCAAAUCCAGAAAGUUUGUGCACCAUCCUGUUAUCGAUAUCUUGGCGUGAAGACAGGAGAUGAGUUCUGGGGAUGCAAUUGAGUCUUCUGGCGUUGUUAAUGGCUCUGCAGCAUCAGGUGGAGAUGAUAAGAAGGAUAUGAUAUAUCCAAAAACAUUUUCUGGCGUGUCGUUUGGCGAGGUGAAUCAUUUUGUGAAUGCAGAUGGUAAUUAUUUGUUUUGCAGAUAUUGGAAACCAGAAAAGGAAAUCAAAGCCUUAGUGUUUCAUGUUCAUGGUUAUGCAGAGCAUUGUGGACGAUCAAAGGAAUUGGCAAAUAAAUUGAUGGAAAUAGGAGUUUUAUCAUUUGCGCAUGAUCAUUAUGCUCAUGGAGAAAGCCAAGGUCUACGUUGUCAUGUGAUGGACUACACAAUUCUAAGCAGAGAUAUAUGGCAGCACAUUGAUUUGAUUCGACCAGGAUACCCCGAUCUCCCUAUAUUUUUAUAUGGACAUUCAAUGGGAGGUGGAUUAUCGGUACUAACAGCUCAUGAGCGACCAAACUAUUUUCGUGGUGUUCUGUUGUCUGCACCUUACAUUACACCUAGUCCAGAUACCGCUACUCCCUUCAAGUUGUUUCUGGCAAGAGUUAUAAUCAGAGUCGCACCAAAACUGAGAAUUGGGAAGCUUAAGCUAGAAUUUUUAUCAAGAGAUCAAAAACAGAUAGACAAUUAUGUGAAUGAUCCUCUGAAUGACAAUGAUGGAAUGAGAGCUGGAUUCGCCAUGCAAUUUCUUGCAAUGUCGGAUAAACUGAAAGAGAUUUUACCCAGUUUAGACAUACCUAUCUUUGCAGCACAUUCAGAAGCUGAUGGACUAUGUGACAUUGGUGGAACAAAACUUUUAAUGGAAGUCUGUAACAGCAAGGAUAAAACAUUCAAGAUUUACAAGGAUUGCAUGCAUAUGUUAGAGCAUGAAACACUGGAAUUUGUUGAGGAAUACUUCGCUGAAGUUUUGAAAUGGAUAAAGGAGAGAAUAUGAAUUUAAUGGAUAUUGCAGAAUAUUGUUGGAGCUAUAUGGUUUUUAUUUAUUUUAUAUAGUGCUGUUGUGUAAGAAAUUUGUCACCACACUAUCAUGUAAUCAAGUUUUUUAAUUAACUAUGCCAAUGGUGCCAGAGUGAUUGAAAUCUUUAACAAUUUCGAGAAGUUUGUAUUUUUUAUAUGUUAUUAGUCAACUGUUUUUAAUAUCUUAUUUAACCUCUCCCUAAGUGUCCUAGUACAGUUUAAUAGAUAUACUGAUUUUUAGUGUUUAUCCACACGAACACAUGUUAUUUGCAUUCAAACCAUAAUAAAUGCACUUCAUUUAAAAUUUUUACAAUCAUGACUAAGCUGUAUUUUGAUAUUUAAAAUGCACAAAUAUAUAAAUAUAUUAGAAUACUGGUAUGUUAGUUUUCAAACUUGCUUCACUGUAGCUUUCUCUGAGCUGAUAAGAGUACAUCUUAGUCUCGUAUGAGAUAGAUAUAAAAUAUGUUCUUCAACUCCAUUCAUUCAUGGCUCAGGCUUGAAGAUUGCAAAAUUCGUUCAUGAUUAUUUAGAUGCAAAAAUAAUCAAAGCACAUUUACUUCCUUAUCACUUCAUCAAGAUAUUUUUAAAGCGAGUAGCAGUUUUAAUCACCUUGUUAAUAUGGUGCCAAUUAUGUGUUUAAACCAGCUGUCAUUAGUUGCUGUUUCUGUUGCUGUAUAGGACUCAUUAGAAGGAACCGAAAUAUUUUAUUAGUUUUUUCAACAUGAUUUGAUUUAAAUUCUGAUUGGUUGAAAAUGAAUGUAUUUGGAAAAUUAUUCAAUUUUUGUGAAUUGAAUUCUGAUUGAUUGAAAUGAAUGUAUUUGGAAAAUUAUUCAAUUUUUGUGACAAAAGUAGUUUAUUUUGUCAAGCAUAAGUGGAGGCAAACCUCAUCUUGCCAUGUUUGACUAUAGAAAAAUAGCUAAGAUUUUUGUUUUGAAUGCUAUUUCAUUGGAUAAUUUCUUUUAAAGACAUUGACUGUUGCUUAAAUUGACAUGCCAUCACUUUUGCCUCUGAAUAGAUAUGACAGUGAAUGCGAACUGCAUGCAUAUUGAGAUUAAGGUGUAUUUUAAUUUUUUCCUCCUGAAAUGAGUGCAGUAUAUAUGUUUAAUGACCACCACCGGUGAUACAAACAACCAAACAACUAAGAUUGAGAAAACUUGAAUUUUCAUGGAUUGAAAUCUUGUGUCAUAUGACAUUUCAUGUGGUCUAAGUUGGACCUCCUCUGGCAAAGGUAAUUCAACUAGGACUAGAAAAGUGAUUGCUCGACAAUCAGGAGAGUUCAAUUAUAUUUGCUCGAGGAUCUUGGCUUUGAUCAGAUGAAAUGUACCAAAAAUAGCAAUACUCUUUGAUUCAUUGUCUAUACUUAAAAUGUUAUCAGUUUUUCUGAAGGCCUAUUGCCCCUGGAGUUAUAAAAUUUUCCAUGCACAGUUUUACCUAAAUCUAUUAUUCAAGCCAUUUUAUUGCGAAAUUGAGUCGAACAAUCAUAACAAAAUAUCAGGUUUUUAUUGUGAAAUUUAUGUUGUUGUUUUUAACAUUAUACUUAUAUCAUAUUCAUUUUUGUGUUUUGUCUGUUUUUAAAAUGUUUAACAUAUAUCCCAAUUUUUAUCUAUACACAUAAUACUGUUUGUGGGAUGAUAAACUAUCAAGUGCUGGUGGAUAUUUUACCUUUGCUGCCAAACAUCUCAACAUGCCACCUAAUUUUGAUAACACAUUGAGAAAAAAUAUCACAUUAUCGUUUUGAACCCUUGAACCCUACAUAAAGAGCAAUGCAAAUACAAUUCAAUGCUCUAGGGCAGGGGUCACCAACCUUUUCAAAGCCGAGGGCUACUUUCUGGGUACAGAUUAAGCCAAGAGCUACCAGUUCAAUGCACAGUUCUAAAAAAGUCAAUUUGCUCAAUUAGGCUUCAAUUAUUGAUCAUUAAUGAUAUUUAAUCAAGUAGAAACACUGAUAAAUUUAUGAUUCUUCAGGGAAUCAAACAUAGCAAACAAAUUACUAUCUAUGGCACUUCCAUUUUAAAACUGAGUCUUUUUCAAAUUUAUUUUAAAGUGAUCACUACAAUAAUAUCCUAGGAAACCACAUUUACACAAUGUACCGGCUUUUUUACAAAAUGCAUAAGCCUAAGAAGAAA